AUGGGUUUAAUGAAAGUAAUUUUACUACUAUUGGUGUCAUUCUUACAUAAUGUGUCCGCAGCAACCAUCGAUUCUGGGUCUAUACAAUCAAUCACUUACGCGGAUUCCAUCACUCAAUUUCGUAUCAUCUCGCAAUCAAGUUAUGAUGAUGGCACGAUUUUAUUAAGAUUUUCCCCUAUUUCUACGCAUUGUAACGAACAAAAAUUAUAUUUAAGGUUAAUUCAUUUAGAUGGAUCGAUUAAAGAACUUAACAUUGAUGUUUUUCAAAUUCCCUUGAGCAAUUUUUGCUUGCUUGAAGAUAUUCACAGCAGAGUUGCGGACAAAUCUUCUGUUCCACCAUUAAACGACUUAACAACCACGAAUCCCAACAACUUGAUAGAAGAUUAUAUAAAAGUUUACGCAAUAUCACCUGGAUAUAUAAUGGUCACGUAUUAUUGUGGAUUAUCAUCGAAUUUCAAUUUAUGUGGGAUGACAAUCAAUUGGGAUGGAACCAUCCUAAAUGUCAAGGAAUUAGAAGAUGCAUGCACGGAUAGUGAGAUCGUACGAAAUAUCAAUUCAGGAGGAUUCUUGUGGUUAUGUCAUAAGCAAGGGUUAAAUCAAUUGAAUUGGCAAAAAUUUAAUAUACAUGAUGAUUCGGGAUCUUUCGAGUCGGUGGGAUCGGGAACCUUGAUGAACGUAAAUAAAUUUACCCGAAACCUGACCCAAGUUUUCGCAACCGAAGAUGGAGGUUACGGAAUAGUGAUGGCACAAUAUCAAGCAAAGUCUAAUGUAGAUUUUAUCCCCCCAUGGACCAUUGACAUCGCGUUCAUCCCUUCGACAUCCAAUACCCUAAAAGGUCCGUUCCAAAUUUAUUCUCAAACAACGGAGAAUGUUAGACGUUUAGAUAUAUAUAAAUGUAAUAUAGCAUAUUAUUCUUACGGAUAUAGUUGUAUAAUACAUAUCAUAAGAUCAAGUGGGCAGAAAGUUUUUGUAAAUAUAGACUUGUUAUCUUCGGGUUCCAUCUUAAAUACGACGGAAUUUACUAUCGCCGAUGAGGCCGUUGGUUCAACGGUCAAUGUGUUCGUUUGGGAUGUGUUGCCUUUAUAUUAUGGCGGUUUAAUUAUAUUAACCGACACUCCUUCAAACAAUGAUAUCAAUGGAAUAAUAUACAGUAAUCGAGGAACCUUUUAUAGUGAUUGGAACAUGCCGUCUGGUCGAUAUCAAUUCACUAAAAAUGUUGGCGUGUUUCUGAACAAUACGAUUUGGGUCAUCGCGAAUGAUGGGAACAAGUGGACGUUAGUUACUUCCUCAUUAUUCUCAAAUUAUAGCACGAUCCAGGGAGGAAAUUCCAUGGUUCCAGGAGGUCCAGGAGGGUAUGGAAAUGCGUUUGUUGGAUCGACCAUUCCAUCAAUCAAUUCAAUCGUCACAUUAAUGUCCACCCAAAAAUUACAAAUUAAAUACACGAAUAACAUACAAUUAUCAAAUGGGAACCUAUCUAUAAUUGACGCGAAUAAUAAUGUUAUAAGGCAAACCUUUAAUAGUAAAAAUAAUGAUCAUAUUAAGGAAAUUUUCGUCCGAUUAAUCGAUAAUCGAACGGUGGAAAUUGAUGUGUUGGAAACCACUUUUAAUAGGAAAAAUUCACCGUAUUAUAUCUUGGUUGAUAAUGGUUUCGUUAAAGAUGCCAACUUUGAUCAAGCACUAUUGGGUAUCAGAAAAAACAUUUGGAGGUUGUCUACCAAUAAUAAUGGGUUGUAUACGGAUGAAUCAUUUCUCGGUUCUACAAGCGCAAUGAUAAGACUAUCGUCCAUGGGAACAAAAUAUUUUACGUCCCUAUCAACCAAGGAUCGACUUCAAUUCUCAAAGGAAUUAUCUUACCAAUUAUCACUUGUAAUUCCAUGUGACGCGACUCGUAUAUCAACCACGAGUAAGUAUCAACUUGACAAAGAUUCAUCGACACGUCGGAUUUUGUUUCGAGUGUACGUUCAAAAGAGUAAGGGAGACGUUAGUUCAUCGCAAAUCGUCAAGGAUCUAGAUUUAUUAUUAAGAAAGAGAGACCAUAACGCAAUGUCAAUGGCAAGGAUCACGUCCCUUUUAGAUGCGUCUUAUGGUGCAAAAUUAACACCGGAUUUGAAGAGAUAUAGUUACAUAAUCAUAGGGGUGGCACUUGGAUUCAUAAUACUAUUCGUGCUAUAUUAUAUUGCGCGCAAGAAAGAUCGCGAUGCGAAUAAUAAAACAAUAUUUACGUUUACAUUUAUAAUAAUAGAUUUCAUAUUAGAUAUUGCAUUCAUAAUAAAUCAUGGAAAUGAUUUACACUGGAUAUCUCCAACAAGCAUCGCGUUUAUAGUAAUACCGAUAUUAUUAAACUGCUCAUUCACAUACAUAAUAAUAAGUCGAGAAAUUAAGGAUCAUAAUAGAUUUUCAAGAUGGUGGAUAAAAAACUCCAAAACGGCCCUAGUGUUCACCUCUAUUUUUGCCGUUGCUGAUUUAGAAGCAUUAAAUUUAAUGUCCUCGAGAUGCUCUGGUUUAAUAGGAUUGAGUGCCCCUUUAAUGAAAAGAACCGAGCAUUAUAUAUUUAUUUUCAACACGAUCAGUAUUUUAAUCGAAGAUUUUCCUCAAUUAUUAAUCCUAAUAAUCUAUCAAGCGUACACGAUAUUACCAAAUAUAAUCCCAAUAUUAGCGUUAUCUUCUUGCAUAUUAGUAUUCUUAACAAAAUUAUAUGGUUCGAUAUCUUAUUACGUUCAAUAUUGUAAAUCCAAAGUUCCACUACAAUCGUUUGAGAAAAAACCCGAUCGUUUAGAUUCAACUCAUUCAUCUUUUAGGUUUAGUAAAAGAGAAGAAUAUUUGGACCCGUUACCAAAUUUUGCUUCAUUCUCUGAGGAUUUCCUUAAAAAGAAACAGAAAAAGAGUUUCUUUAAUAGCGGUCAAAAUUCGAAUGAUAGUAAAAGAAAUAGUAGUAGAUUGAGCGGAAAUAGUAGAUAUGCCAGUGAUGCAUUAAGAAUCUUCUCUGGCGGGAAUAGUAAUAAUAAUAGUACCCUAAGUGAUGGGUCCGAUUUAGCCGAACAAAUAAUGGUUUUAAAUAAGGAUAAUUUCUUGGGGAGAAAUGAAAUCACCGGGGAGCCAAUCUUUUUAUUAAGAGAUCCCGAAGAAUACAACUUUUUGCCGCAAAAAAUCAAACAAUUACCUUUUGGUAAAUUGGUUGGUGAUAGCAUCGUUUCCGCUAAUGAUGAUUACAGUAAUGUUAGCAGUAUUGGAUUCGCUUCUAUCGGUAAAAGUAGUAAAGGCAGUAUUAGCACUGAAAGUUACAAUAAGAGAAUGUCCGACGCUGGGAUUAUUUGUAGUACCGACGAGAUUUCAAAAGGUGAUGAUGUCAUUGAAAUUGCUACGGAUCAGAAGAAGAGUAUCAUUGAUCGUAAUUCAAAUACUACCACCAUCAGCACCGCUCUUUCUACCAAUUUAAGUACCGCUGCUUCUUCUUUAAAAACUAAUGACACUUUGUUAGAAAAUGUUGUAAAUGAGGCAACGACUAAAGAAAAUUCACCAAGGAACAUUUCCACGAAUUUAAGUCAAACACAACCCGGAAAUACUUCACCUACGAUUGAAAUAACGGAAACGACCGACACCACUAAUAUUAAUUAA